AAAUGUUUUUGUAGCUCCAGGAAUUUGAGGCCCUGCGAAGCCUCGUUUCCGCUUUUAAAAAUACGUCAUUUCCUGUUUUCCUUCCGUGGGAUUACAGACUCAGGAUUGUUUUGAAUAUUCAGUUUGCUUAGCACCUCAAAGGGCAAACUUUGAAUUCCUUUGUGACGAAGCUGACAUGGCAGAGAGAGACGUAGACAUGGAGGAGGACGCAGCAGAUCUGCCCGACAGAGACGCCGACGACUCAGACCAAGAGGAAGAUGAGAUAUUGUUCUGGCUGGAUAACCAGCACAUGGAUGAGGAUGAAGACGAUAUCGAGGUGGUCGUCGAACACCCGGUGGACACCGAAGCGUCCGAAUCAUUCGAGCUGGACUCCCCGGCUGAGCGCAGCGGUCACAUAGCUGUAGUUGAUAGGAAUAUCAUGUAUAUUUGGGGAGGGUACAAGAAUGGCCAAAAUCAUGGAUUCUUUGAUUUAUACCUGCCAAGAAAUGAGGUCUGGACCUACAACCUGGAGUCAGGAGUAUGGAUGAAGCAUGUAGCCGCAGGUAAUCUGCACACGUCGAUGUCGGGCAGCUGUGGGACGUGUCUGGAUGGAGUCCUCUACCUGUUCGGGGGUCAUCAUGCCAGAGGAAACACAAACAGGAUCUACCGUCUGCCUCUGAGGGCCCCCAGUCUGGUGUGGGAGGAAAUGAGGGAUCUUAAAGGACUCCCCCCGUCCUCCAAGGACAAGCUGGGAUGCUGGGUCCAUAAGAACAGAUUGAUUUUCUUUGGCGGGUACGGCUAUGCGCCACAAGGAUCUCAUCGAGGGACUUUUCACUACGAUGAAUCAUCCUCUCUGAUGUGGGACAGCCCUGGGCGAGGCUGGAACAACCACGUCCAUGUUCUGGACCUGGAGAGUUCAACAUGGAGUCAGCCCAUCACCCAGGGAAACACGCCGUCCCCCAGAGCGGCUCAUGCCUGCGCUACAGUCGGAAACAGAGGAUAUGUGUUCGGUGGCCGAUUCAAGAACUACAGACUAAAUGAUCUGUACUACAUCGACCUGGAGACGUGGGAGUGGCAUGAAAUGAGCGUUCCUCAGCAGGGGCCCGUGGGCCGAUCCUGGCACUCCUUUACUCCGGUCUCAUCAGAUCACAUCUUCCUGUUUGGAGGUUUCACCACAGAGAGGGAAACACUGAGUGAGUUUAUGGCGUGGCGUCGGUGUUUCUGCGACGGUUUCAUGGCUGCGCUCGUUGCAGAAAUGCUCCUCUUUGCUGUUCCAGAUGAUGCUUGGCUCUACUGCGUGAGCAGGAACGAAUGGAAGCCUUUCAAGCACAGCCACACGGAGAGCCCCAGGCUGUGGCACACGGCCUGCUCCGGACCGGACGGAGAGGUGUUUGUGUUCGGAGGCUGUGCUAACAACCUGUUGUCUCAUCAGAGAGCGGCUCACAGCAACGAGCUGCUGAUUUUUAACGUCCAGCCCAAAUCGCUGGUUCGGUUCUGUAUGGAGACGGUUCUGCAGCACAGGGAGAGGCUGUCCUGUCACUGGGACUGCUUGCCGAAACACCUCCUGCUCAGCCUCAAGCAGAGAAUGUCGCGGGUCAACACUCUGGGCUCUUAGGACUGGAGGUCGACCACAGGAUGAGACGCCGAUAGUUCUGGCUGGUCUUUAAUGUGAAAACUUGAAUUAAAAUGAGAGGCAAAGUGUGGAAGAGUUAGCAAUUUGGCCCUGAGGAUGGAGUAAGCUGUUGGGACAUGGCUGAUCAGGCCUGGUCUGGGAUCAGAUCCUUUGGAUGUAAAUAAUCAUUCUGUCACCAGGAUGGAAGCGCCCAGCUCAGGCCACUAGGUGGCAGCAGCUCUGACCGAGUUAAAAAGACUAAAAACCUCAGAACUUCCACAGAACAGCCGAUUCUGCUGCUGUGGAGAUAAUUUAACGUCCCGACAGCUUCCUUCAGCAAACAGUCAUAGAAAGAAGCGAAGACGUU